UGAACCUAGAACCACUAGGAUGAGUAUUUAGUUAGCCGAUCGCUCGAUUCUGCAUCCUAGGGGUAUCAUAGAGGACUUGCUUGUUAACGUGGGUGGAUUCACAUAUCCUCUUGAUUUUGUUAUCCUGGAUAUAAACGAGGAUGUGGAUGUGCCUUUGAUUUUGGGUAGACCAUUUCUCGCCACCUGCAAGGCGCUAAUUGAUGUGCAUAGAGGCAAGUUAAUCUUGCGGGCUGGGGAUGAACAAGCUACAUUUUCUGUGUCCGACAAUGCGAAGCAUUCCCAUUUGCAUGAUGACUUGGAUUACUGUGACAUGCUUGAUGAUUUUGAAAUCGCACUCGCCAUCACGAGUGCGGGUACUGACAAUGCCUUUGAGUGUUGUAUUUUGCUAGGUGAGCAAGCAUCCACAGAGCUGCAGCUGGAGGAGCAAUUGGCCGCGCUAGAGAGUGGCGAGUUCCUGGAGGCCGAUUAACUGUUCAAGCCGAUCUCAUCCUCGACUCGCAUCACCACCUCCCUGGAGGAGCCAGUAGAGCUGGAGCUGAAGCCCCUCCCUCCUCACCUGGAGUAUGCAUUUCUUCGGGAGGGGAAUAAGCUUCCAGUCAUCAUCAGCUCGACCCUCACACCCGAGCAGAAGACCAGAUUGGUGGAAGUACGAGCGCGCUUUGGCAUGGAAGAUCACCGACAUCCGGGGGAUCAGCCCUUCCUUAUGUUCCCAACAGAUAUUGCUAGAGGAUGAGAUUCGGCCGGUGAGACAACCCCAACGGAGAUUGACACUGAACCUAGAGGCUGUGGUUCGAGUAGAGAUUGUUAAGCUGAUGGACGCGGGAAUCAUCUUUGCCAUUUCUGACAGUGAGUGGGUCAGUCCCACUCAGGUGGUGCUUAAGAUGAGUGGGAUGACCGUGGUUCCCAACGAGAAGAAUGAGCUCAUCCUGAUGCGCACGGUGACCGGGUACCGCAUCUGCAUCGACUAUCGUCGCCUCAACGACGCCACCCAGGAGGAUCACUUCCCGUUGCCAUUCAUUGACUAGAUGCUGGAGAGGUUGGCGGGGCACGAGUUCUUGGGCCAUGCAGGGUUCUAUAGGCGGUUCAUAAAAGACUUCUCGAAGA